AUGUACUACUACGACGAUAUGGUUGUAGGGCCAUCAUCCCAGCAAAUACCUACUUUCCGAGAAAACAUUGAUUAUUUAGAAUAUGUACCAAACACCAAUACUAAACAUUAUUUACAUGAUAAUAUUAACUUGAUUAAAUUCAUGAAAUACAUCAAUAACAAUCCCGACUAUAAAUUACAUAAUGCAUUCUUAUACCAACGUUUAUCAAACAUUUGUUGGAGAAGAUUUUCCAAGAACUUUCAUCAAUUAUCAGAAAUCAAUCCCUACGUUAUUAAUUGGGAUAAGAACUCAGAUAUCACGUGGUUAUUUGGACCUAAGAUAGCAUCUGAAGAACAAGAACAACAACAACCAGAACAACCAAAGCAAACUACCAGCAUAUACUCAUGUCAAGAAGAAGAAGAUAACAUGUCAGUGUCAUCACUUGUAUCUGAAUCAUCUAUCAAUAGUACAUUUAAUGAUGAUGAUGAAUUCUCAGCAUCUUCACGUAAGAAUAGUACUAUCUCAAGUAGUUCAUCAUACUACGAUGAAGAUGAAGAAGAUGAUUACAACUGGAAUUUGAAAUCCAUCUUAAAGAAGGGUCAUAAGGAAGAAGAAGAAGAUGAAGAUUAUUUAUGCAUUUCUGACUUAAAACAUCAUCAACAAAGAAAGAAAGUAUCAUUCAAUUACAUUGUUAAUACAAGAGAAAUCAUUAAUGGUAUCUCUGUUGAUUAUGAUUUCUUAGACCAUGAUUGUUUGUAA